UCAGACCGCUGCCACCCCAGGGUUAAAGUCUUUCGAAUUAAGAUCUAGAUUUGCCAAUCCCUGCCGUAGCGUUCGCCUCGAGGGGUUAGAGAGAAGCCGUUUCCGCCGUCCGAGGGCCGCCCCGGAACCGGCGAGGAAACCUUGAGCUGACCCCUGCCGCCCACACUUAAGAUGGCAGCGGCCUGAGCCUCACCUGGGCGACCGCUCUAGCGCGCUUCCGGGUCCGCCAGUCUCGGUGGUGGCGCCGAGGGGUGGGCUCAGCUGGGACGCGGCGGGAUGGGCUCAGAGAACAGUGCCCUGAAGAGCUACACACUGCAGGGAGCACCGGUCACCCUGCCUGCAGGCCUGGCCGUCUACCCCGCCCAGCUGCAGGAUGGCAGAGCGGCCUCUGUGUUUGUGUACAAGAGAGAGAACGAGGAUCGAGUGCACCAGGCUGCCAAGCACCUGAAGACCCUGCGGCACCCAGGCCUGCUGCGUUUCCUGUCCUGCUCCAUGGAGGCCGAUGGUGUCCGGCUGCUCACCGAGCACGUGCGGCCCCUGCAGGCAGCGCUGGACUCGCUGGCACCUGCCGAGGUUUGCGCUGGCCUCUAUGAUAUCCUGCAGGCGCUCAUCUUCCUCCACGACCGGGGACACCUGACGCACAAUAACGUCUGUCUAGCAUCCGUGUUCGUGAGCGAAGACGGCCACUGGAAGCUGGGGGGCAUGGACACUGUGUGCAGCAUACCGCAGGCCACCCCCGAAUUUCUCAGGAGUAUCCAGCCCCUUCGGGACCCAGCGUCUGUUCCUCCUGAGGAGAUGGCCCCUGAGUUCAGCACGUUGCCUGAUGCACACGGCCACGCUCGAGACGCCUACUCUUUUGGAACACUGGUAGAGAGUUUGCUGGUACGCCUGCGUGAGCAGGUCGCAGCCGAGGCACUGGGCAGCCUACACCAGACCCUGCAUGAUGCUCUCCUACAGCCGCACCCACAGAGCCGCCCGCCGCUCCACACACUGCUGGCCCACGACUUCUUCAGGAACGAUUUCCUGGAAGUGGUGAACUUCCUGAGAAGCCUGACAUUGAAAAGCGAAGAGGAGAAGACGGAAUUCUUCAAGUUUCUGCUGGACCGUGUCAGCUGCCUGUCCGAGGAACUGAUUGCUGCCCGCCUCGUGCCACUGCUCCUCAACCAGCUAGUAUUUGCUGAGCCCGUGGCUGUGAAGAGCUUCCUGCCGCACCUGCUGGGCCCCAAGAAAGCUAGUGCCUCGGGGGAGGCGUCCUGCCUGCUCUCACCAGCGCUGUUCCGGGCACGUGUGAUCCCAGCGCUACUACAGCUCUUCCAGGUCCAUGAGGAACAUGUGCGCCUGGUGCUGCUUGCCCACCUGGAGGCCUACGUGGGCCUCUUCUCCCCAGAACAGCUGCGCAGCAUCAUCCUGCCACAGGUGCUGCUGGGCCUCCGUGACAGCAGCUCGUCCCUGGUGGCCAUCACAUUGCACAGCCUAGCUGUGCUGGUGUCCCUGCUGGGCCCUGAGGUAGUGGUGGGCGGCCAGAGAAGCAAGAUCUUCAAACGCAGCGCGCCCAGCUUCAGCAGGGCCAAGCCACUGGCCCUGGGAGGUGAUCCAUCUCCUCAGCUGGUCCCAGCUUCUGUCAAUGGCGUCAUGAGUGGAAAAAGUCCAGGAGACAAUGACAACAGUGACAAGCAGGUCCCCAAUGACUCUGGCACCAGGAUACUUGAGGACUGGCCAGAUUGGGGGGAGCCAGACAAUAGUUCCCCCACACAGUCUCAGCCCCCUGAGUCCUCCAUCCCAGAUGCCAGGGAGCCCCCAGAAGGGCCAGACAGUUGGGACCCCAGUGGACUCUCUGAGGUGGCAGUGACCAGCAGGGGAGCUGGUGCGUUGGAACAGAGGGCAGCUCCUAGCGUCGCUUUGGACCACAGCCCAGCCCACACCAAGCCCCCCAGAGCAUCUCGGCCAGAAAAACGCCCUCAGGGCCCAACCCAGCUGGGCUUGGGUGAGGAGUUCACCAUCCAGGUGAGGGCGACCCCAGCGGAGCCCGAACUGGACUGGUUCGCAGACAUGGUCCCCGAGAUCAAGCCCUCAGCCCUAUUCCCCGAGCCUAUAGACGGGCAGACCUGGCCCCCAGCCCAGCUCUCCUCCAAGUUCGCUGCUGCAGACAUGCCUGAGGCAGAGGCAGAAGGCUGGGGAGAAGAUGGGGAGCUUGCCUGGGCAGAGACAAACUGGUGACAGGAUCAGAUCCUUUGAACUCGGCAAACAAGUACCUCAGCAGGCCGGAGCAGGAUCAAAGCGAAUGGCUGCCGCUAUCUCUGGAACAAGCAGGAGCUGCAGGAAGGGGAGCACUGCUCCAGGAGCCCCGGGAGGGAAUAAAUACAAAGUCCAGCUGAGUAGCCAAUUCUGUGCCAUUUCUUUCCCAGAAGUGAAAGAGAAUCUAGCCCAAGAACCUAGAAAUGAUUGAAAGUUGCCAUGGUGUCCUUGAGCAGCUUAUUUAUUUGUUUACAGCCCCUACCCCCAAAUGUCCAAUAAAGACUAUUUUCACUAGAGUCCACUUCCCAAA